GCGUACUUCUCAAAUUGCCGUGGAUUGCGCAGCCUCGCGAUUGCGCAGUUCGCUCUUACCGGGUCAACAAAAACAUAGUGAAACUGGAAACCACUUGCAAUACCGGUUAUUCAACUCCAAAGGACACUGACCAUAGAAAUGUCAUUCGCUGGAAAAGUCGUCUUGAUCACAGGUGCCAGUUCUGGAAUUGGCGCAGCCACAGCAAUCCACCUUUCUCGGCUCGGAGCGUCCUUAUCGAUUACCGGAAGAAAUUUGGAGAACUUGAAAAAGGUUGCGGACAAGUGCGCUGAGCCGAAACCCUUUCUUAUCACCGGCGAGCUGACCAAUGAGGCUGAUACGAAAAAAAUUCUCGAUUGGACGAUUAAACACUACGGAAAACUAGAUGUCCUCAUCAACAAUGCUGGAAUCUUGGAAUCUGGUUCAAUUGAAAAUACCAGCCUCGAGCAAUUCGAUAGAUUAUUCAACGUCAAUGUUCGCUCGAUAUAUCAUCUGACGAUGCUUGCCGUACCACAUUUGAUCGAGACGAAGGGCAACAUUGUCAACGUUUCGAGUGUCAACGGUGUCCGAGCGUUCGCUGGAGUCUUAUCAUAUUGUAUGAGCAAAUCUGCGAUCGAUCAAUUUACCAGAUGUGUUGCCUUGGAACUUGCGGAUAAACAGGUUCGCGUAAACAGCGUUAACCCUGGAGUGGUAGUCACAAAUCUACAUAAGAGCAGUGGGAUGGGAGAAGAGCAACUGAAAGCAUUUUUUGAACGCAGCAAGACGACUCAUGCUCUCGGUAGACCUGGAGAUGUCAUUGAAGUCGCCAGCGCGAUAGCAUUUCUCGCUAGCAGCGAUGCUAGCUUUAUCACUGGCGUUUCAUUACCAGUCGAUGGAGGCAGGCACGCCAUGUGUCCUCGAUGAGCUACAAACGGAAAACAGAUUUUCUCCGAAUUACACCCCUAAUUGUAUAAAGUAUACUAUACGCGUUAUUGAUUACAUAUUGAUAAGGUCUACAUUGUUGGAAAUUUAUUUUUACAAGGGCUACGCUAUUAUGUGUAUUGAUGUUAUAUUAAUAAUUGAAUAACAGAGCAUUUA